GACAAGUAUUUGAUGUGUGAUAGCGGUAUGGAAAUUUUAUCACACAAUGGUCUACAUUUUCCAAAGAUAACAAAAGAAGAUGGAUGUUAUGCUUCAGAUUUCAACAAGGAAAAAUGCUUCCAGAAGAUCUCUAUUGGCCUUUACAUGUAUCUUCCAUAUUUGCAUUUUGUACAAAAUGACUUUGGUGGUGAGGAGAAGCAAAUAAAGAACAUGCAACAUGCUACCAAGCAUCUCGCUGAUGUAAUUAAGAUGGUGCUAAAAGAUGCAUCUGGAGUGAAACAAAUGGACAAGAAUGAACAACAGAUCCUUCUUGAAUCUCUUUCUUUUAAUCAGGAAUGGACAAGGAAACUGACUAUCAGCUUUAUACUCAGAGAUUUCACCAAUUUCAUGGAGAAAAUCAUUAGAGCUGUUCGUUAUGUUCAGAACAGUUAAACUGACAUGUAUUAGUCUGAAGAGUAAGAACGUUUUAGUUCAAGAAUUUUUGUAAAACCUUUAAAAGCAUUAUGGACUCAAAGUUUAUAUUAGGAACAAAGGUACUGCACAUUGCAGAAAAAAAAAUAAUAUUUAUUAUUCUGUUUGGAAAGAUAUUUAUUGACAGUAUUUAUGGAAUUUUAAAUGAUGGUGUCUCAUAUUUAUAUAAGAAGUUGAA